AAUCAUGAAUAUUUUAUUAGUUCUUUUAAUUACUUUUUCCUGUGUUCCCACGCUUCCGGUCUUCCUGUAUUUUUAUAUAUACAAGCAAUUUUUUGGCAUGCAAAGAGAUCUAUUCACUGUAUAAAGAUCAGGAGAGGAACGGAAAAGCCACUUGGACAAUAUUUUUUUUUCCCUCUUGGGUGGCAUCGCCCAAGAGAUUGUGCGCAGCGGAUCCAACACACGGGGCGCCAUCUCUUGUCGGACUCGCAUGUCGGACGAGUGUGUUGGGUCUCAUCGCUUCUUGGAUUUGUGAGUUCGGUGCCGUCGCCAAAAAGAUUGUGUGCGGAUAUACAAUGGAAAUUAAAAAAAAAGAAAAAUGAAAGUUUUGGGAUUCUGAACCAGAUCGGAAUGGAGAAAUAAAAGUUCACAAGUUUCGAGGUUGAUCAAGGAAAUUAAUAAAUUAUGGCUGAAGCGCUUGGAUGGACUGCUCUUGGAGCAUUACUUGAACGUCUAUUUCAAGAGGUUACAGCAAUAGUUGUACAGAAUAUUAUGAUCAAGAAGACCCUCAAGAACAUCGCGACAAAGCUAGAAACUUUGAAACCCUUGGUCGAAGAGAUUAAAAAGUUAAACCAACAACUGGCUGAACCUAUAGAUGAAUGUGAACAUUAUGAGUCACUUAUAAAGGAUGGGGUGGAUCUCGUUCGCAAGUGCAAAAGAGCUGGUUGGCGUAGCAUUGGGAAGGGAUACUACUACGCUGAACAGCUGAAGGAAUUGGAUCGGACUCUUGAGUUUUUGGUACUAUUUGUUUAUUCUACAAGGCAUUACCAGAAGAUUUUGAUUCAGAUGCACAAAGCAUCCGCAGAGACUCAGGAACAGCAAGGCACCAGCAUCGGGCAACCUUAUCAGGAUACAAGUCAGAAUCAUGAUGUGGGCCAAGGAUGGAAUACUUCUCUUAGAGAAGCAGUCAGAUCAUUAUUAGAUGUGAUCAAAGAAUCCAAGAACGAGUCUCGGAGAGUGGAAACCGCGCUUAACAAGCUAAAAACCACUCUACAAAGUUUGCAAGCACGGCUCAUAGAGAUUGAAAGGCUUAACAUGGAACUGGGUCUACCAGAUUGUAGAGCAGCAUUUUAUAAGCACACAAUACAUAAUGGGGUAGGUUUAGUUCGAAAUUGCUCCCAGGUUCAUGGGUUUAAGUCCCUUACCAAGAAGAUUAUUGUCACUAUUAAGUUGCGUAAAUUGAAUAAUUAUCUACAAGAUUUGGAUCGGGAACUGCCGGAUCACGCGUGAACAGAUAUGGAAAAGGAUAAUUGUUUUCUGGACAUGGAGGCCAUACUCCGGGAAGCUCCUCGAGGAAGAGUGAAGACUGAUGUAGGCCUGGGUCAGUGUCCCCUUCCCAAGAUCUUUAGCCAGUCCAGUUCUUAAGUAUAUUAUCGGCCCAACCCAAUUCCAUUGCCACUUUAUAUUUGAUUAGGUUUUUUAAAUUCAAUUUUCCGAUAUUUAUAUUUUUUAUUUGAAAAGUUAUUUUAAUAUAGUAUCAUUAUAUUAAA